UUGUGAAAAUUUUGAUUCUUUAUGCAUUUUCCAUCUUCUGUCGGUUGCUCUGAUUCUCUAGGGUUUGGUCAUGAUUCUCUGAGAUCUCUCUAGAUUCAUGCAUUUUCCUCAUUUUGUUGUUUAGUUGCUACUUUGUUUAAGUCCGUUGGGGCAGAAGAGAAUCCUUUUUUCAUGCAAAGAAGUCUCAAUUUAGAUCUUAAGAUUUAACAAAAGAGACACUCUUCCAAGUGUGUUUGAGGAGGUAAUGGAUUUCUUGAAAGUUAGAAAAUUUCGAAAGUCACGGAAGCCAAACCUUGAAAAGGAGAAAGAAGACAAGAUAUUGGCUCAGCAAGAGCAGGCAAGGAGUGAGAACACUGAAGCUGGUGUGACAGAUUCGGGGAAAGGAGACGAGAUCGAAGAUGACGAUGAUGAUUUCAUUACCAAUGAGGUUAAGAGAAGGCUCAAGGAGUUAAGGAGAAACAGUUUCAUGGUGUUGAUACCUGAGGAAGAAGAAGAAGAAGAAGAGGAAUCGUAUCUAGACGAAGAUGAUGAUGACGGAGAAGACAAGUGUUCAAGUGAGUGGAGAGAUGUGGUCGCUGAAGGACUUCAAUGGUGGGGAGGUUUUGAUGCUGUUUAUGAAAAGUAUUGUGAGCGAAUGCUCUUCUUUGAUCGCUUAAGCUCUCAGCAACUCAAGGAAACUGGCAUUGGAAUUGCUCCAAGUCCUUCAACUCCAUCGCCAAGAUCUGCAUCUAAGAAGCUGUCUUCGCCUUUUCGAUGUCUUUCUCUCAAGAAGUUGGAUGUUCCCGAGGAAGAUAUCGAGCAUUUGCAGCCGACAGAAAUUGACCCUUAUCAAGAUCUAGAGACGGCCUAUGUUGCUCAACUCUGCCUCACUUGGGAGGCACUUCACUGUCAAUACACGCAGCUGAGCCACUUAAUCUCAUGCCAACCCGAAACCCCGACAUGUUACAACCAUACUGCGCAACUGUUUCAGCAAUUCCUAGUCUUGUUGCAGAGGUAUAUAGAGAAUGAACCAUUUGAACAAGGCUCAAGAUCUGAACUUUAUGCGCGUGCUAGAAAUGCAAUGCCUAAGCUACUUCAAGCUCCUAAGAUUCAAGGGUCAGAUAAAAAGGAGAUGGAGAAAGAUACAGGCUUCAUGGUCCUCGCUGAUGAUCUCAUCCAAAUCAUCGAGAGCUCGAUCCUUACUUUCAACGUGUUCUUGAAAAUGGAUAAGAAGAAACCAAAUGGGGGUAUUCACUUGUUUGGGAACCACAACAACAACCAUAUGAAUUCUACAACUCCUUUACUACUGGUUCAGUCAUCCAUUGAUAAGAAAAGGGUGAAAGCGAAGGAGCUUUCAAAGAAGACAAAAGGUUUGAGAAAGAAAUCAUGGCCUCAAACAUGGGAAGGUGUUCAACUCUUGUUUGCAGCCAUUGACAUCAAACUCGCAACACGGGUAUUGAGGAUGGCGAGAAUCAGUAAAGAGCAACUUCUAUGGUGUGAAGAAAAGAUGAAAAAGCUCAACUUUUCAGCUGGGAAGCUUCAAAGACACCCAUCUCCAAUUCUUUUCCCAUGUUGAUAAUAAAAUGAUGAACAACACAAUGAUUUCAAAUACAGUCGCACCAAAUGUUCCCUUUUUAUCUGAUCAUUAAGAUCCGGUUUGGGGAUUUUUUCUUUUGCGGACAAAUCAAAGAAGAAAUUGUGUGUUUGUUCCAUUUGCUUUCAUUCAUUCUCUUUGCAAUAAGGGUCCAAUUCCAAG